AUGACUGACAUCAAGAACGAUUACCAAUACCAACCUGGCUUCGGCAAUCACUUCUCAUCCGAGGCUCUCCCCGAUGCUCUUCCCAAGGGUCAAAACACUCCACAAGUCUGUCCUUAUGGUCUCUACGCCGAGCAACUCUCUGGAACUGCUUUCACUGUUGACCGCAAGCAUAACGAGAGAACCUGGCUUUACCGCAUCCGCCCCUCUGUCUGUCACACACCCUAUGAGGCCUUUCACAAGAAGACACACCUCGUGGGAAACUACACUGAUGCAGCGAACGUUAGUGUGACUCCAAACCAAUUACGUUGGUCUCCUUUUGAUCUGCCUACCGAACCCACCGACUUUGUCGAGGGUCUUCACUCGAUCGCUGGUGCUGGCGAUGUCGGUGUCAAGCAUGGUAUGGCCGUUCUCAUCUACGCUGCUAACAAGAGCAUGGAGGAUGCUGCCUUCUACAAUUCUGAUGGUGACUUUCUGAUCGUUCCCCAGCAGGGUCGCCUAGACAUCACGACCGAGUUUGGAAAGAUCUUGGCCCAUCCUAACGAGAUCUGUGUCAUCCAGCGCGGCAUUCGAUUCUCUGUUGCUCUCCCCGAUGGUCCAAGCCGUGGUUACAUUUGCGAAGUAUUCAACGGCACCUGGACUAUUCCUGAUCUCGGACCCAUUGGUGCUAAUGGACUCGCCAACCCCCGUGACUUCCAGACACCCGUCGCUGCAUUCUCUCAGGAGGAGAAGCCAUUCCGUAUAAUUAACAAAUAUGGAGGUCAACUCUUUACCGCCAAGCAGAACCACACUCCCUUCGAUGUCGUUGCCUGGCAUGGUAACUAUGCUCCAUUUAAGUACAACCUUGCCUUGUUCAACACCAUCAACUCGGUCUCCUUUGAUCACAUUGAUCCCUCUAUCUUCACCGUCCUUACUUGCAAAUCUGAAAAGCCAGGUGUUGCCAUUGCUGACUUUGUCAUCUUCCCUCCUCGUUGGUCCGUGCAGGAGAACACUUUCCGUCCCCCAUACUUCCAUCGCAACUGCAUGUCCGAGUUUAUGGGCUUGAUUCACGGUACUUAUGAGGCCAAGCAAGGAGGAUUUGUUCCCGGUGGCGCUUCCCUCCACUCUAUGAUGACCCCUCAUGGUCCUGAUGCCCCUACAUUUGAUAAGGCCUCGACUGAAGAAUUGAAGCCAAUGUACAUUGCCAAGGGCACUCAAGCCUUCAUGUUUGAGUCAUCGAUGCAGUUGCAGCCCACUCAUUGGGCCAUUAAGGAGAGUGGCAAGGUUCAGCACGACUACUUCCAGGCAUGGCAGGGACUCAAGAGCAACUUUGAUCCCAACUGGAAGCCCACUAAGCACUAA